UGCCUGUUCGCCAGUCUUCACCUUUACCAAUCCAUCCAGUCGUCUAAAAUUCGAGCGAACAGCUACAAUCACGUCCAGCGACUCCCUUACUGCUGCCAAUCUGAGAGCGCUCUUCUUGCUUGCCCGUUCAGUGAGAGGAAUCCCUUCGUCGUGCCCGCUCAAGUUAUCGGUUUAAACUCGAACAUGACAUGAACUGAGCUGUGUCUCUAAUAAUCCAAGCGCCUUCAACAUUCCCUGGUUUCUUUUCCGCUCUACUUAUUGAGGUAUUGCAUCUCAUCUCGCCAUGGCGUCCCUCUCGAAUGGUCACGCCAAUGGUACCAACGGUGAUGCUCUGCCGGCAGCGAAGUCGCUAGCUAAUCUUCGCUUCUCCGACAUACCUUCCGCAAUCGAUAUCCCUGCGUCGACUCUUGACAGUGAGGUCGAAGUCAGUCUUGAAAUCCUUCCUGAUGAUCCUACCGAGCUGUGCACCCUCCUGGAGAACGAAAAAGCCGCGAAAAAUUUCUGGGUGACUAUUGCGCUCGCGUACGCAAAACAAAACCAACUCGACCAUGCGAUCGACAUUCUCAAUAAAGGGCUGGCCUCUGUCGGCCACGGGGCAAUCAAGGAAAAACUUGGACUGUUGGGUUGGGUCUGCUGGCUGUUGAUGCUCAAGUGCCGACAAGCGCCCCGUGUCCUGAACGAUUCCGAAAUAUACACAGAUUCUAAGACCAAGGACUAUUACCUACAACAAGCUACAUCUACGUUGAACGAGGCCUCAAGGCUCAAUCCAGCUUUUCCCCCACUUUUCUUGGCGCGAGGUGUUCUGUCUCUCUUGCGCGCGUCGAUGCACCCUCUCCGACCGACGCGUACGGGGGGUAUCGAUACCUCAGAACGGGCUGAGUCACUACGUCAGGCACUCAAGUGCUUUGAUGAGUCGUUGAAGGCUUUUGGUGGUCGCAACGUGAUGGCGAUUCUUGGUCAUGCACGUGCACAGUAUAUGUUGGGUCGGUAUGCAGAAGCAUUAGAAGGGUACCAGAAGGUAUUGGUGAAGAUGCCCGGGCUGAGGGACCCCGACCCUCGCAUUGGAAUUGGCUGUUGUCUAUGGCAGUUAGGAUUCAAAGAGCAGGCGAAAGCUGCUUGGGAGCGGGCACUUGCAUUGAACCCUGAUUCGAAAGUCGCCAACAUUCUUCUUGCUGUCUAUUAUCUAUACGACAGUUCCCGGCACUCCACCACAGAUCCAGCGUUCGGUUCUUUGUACAAGGUGGCUAUGACACAGUACACGCAAAAAGCAUUCAAACUGGACAAAGAGUAUCCGAUGACAUGCGCCCUCUUUGGCAGUUAUUUCCUUUUGCGUAAGUCUUACAGCACCGUCGAGAGUCUGGCACGCAAGGCGAUUCAACAAACGGAUGUGAUGCCGAUCGCAAGUGAUGGUUGGUAUCUACUCGGUCGCAAAGCACACUACGAAGGCGAUCUCGUUCACGCAGCAGAAUAUUACAAUCGAGCAGAUCAGGCCCGCGGAGGCGAGCAAGGUUAUCUACCUGCCAAAUUAGGUAACAUACAGAUGCAGGUUUCUAACAGCAAGGACCUCGACGGCGCCAAGUUCCGGUUGGAAAAGAUCAUUCAACAGACUAAGAACCCGGAGAGUAUGAUUCUGCUCGGUGCCCUCUAUGCAGAGGAAGUGUUUCGAGCCAGUGGGAAAGACGACAAGUCCCCGGAAGCGAAGAAAGCCAUUGGGCUUCUGGAAUCUGUUCGUGCUCUCUGGAAGGACGAGAGCAAAAAGGUUCAACCCGAUGAGUCGGUCCUGGUGUAUCUGUCCCGCCUGUACGAGCAGGCCGCCCCUGAGAAGAGCAUGCAGUGCCUCACUCAAUUGGAGGAAAUGCAACUUGCGGAGAUACCUGAAAAGGAACGCCCCGAAGGAGUGGAUGAUGCGGAGCAGGUUAAAGCUGCCCUUCGCAAACAAUUACCUCCACAGCUACUUAACAAUAUGGGAUGCUUUCUAUAUCAAGCGGAGAAGAUUGAGCUGGCUCGGACUAUGUUCCAAUCGGCUCUGGACGCUUGCAUGAAAUCCCAAGAGAAGGAGGGCGAGCUCGACACGGACGCCCUAGUGACUACUAUUAGCUACAAUCUGGGUAGAACCUAUGAGGCUGCUGACAUGCCAGACGAGGCUAAGAAGGUGUACGAAGGCCUACUUGAGCGCCAUGCUGACUACACAGAAGCCAACGCGCGAUUGACGUACAUUGCUCUCCGCCAGAGUCCGACUGAUGAGGGUCCUAAGAAGAUGGCCAAGCUGUACGAGGCCGACGCGACGAACCUCGAAGUACGGGCUCUGUUCGGCUGGUACCUGAGCAAAUCGAAGAAACGUGCGGCCAAUCUGGCGGAAGAUCACGAGCAGCGACACUACAAACAUACGCUGCAAUACUACGAUAAGCAUGACCGGUACUCACUAACUGGAAUGGGCAACAUUCAUCUGUCGACGGCGCGCGACAUGCGGCGGGACACCGACCAGGACAAAGAGAAGCGGCGAAAGAUGUACGAACGUGCGGUGGAAUUUUUCGACAAGGCCCUGCAGCUGGAUCCACGAAAUGCAUACGCAGCCCAAGGUAUCGCGAUUGCGCUUGUGGACGACAAGAAGGACCAUGCCUCGGCGGUGCACAUCUUCUCCAAGGUCCGGGAUACAUUGCGCGAUGCUAGUGUCUACCUGAAUCUCGGUCACGUCUACGCAGAGUUGCGGCAGUUCACACGAUCGAUUGAGCAUUACGAAGCUGCUCUGUCCCGCGACCGCGCUCGCGACGCACAGAUCCUGGCCUGCCUGGGCCGUGUCUGGUUGCUGAGAGGUAAACAGGAACUGAGCCUGCAGGCCAUGAAGACAGCCCUGGAUUACGCUCAGCGCGCUCAUGCGGUCGCGCCGGGCCAGGUUCACCUCGAAUUCAACAUUGCCUUCGUGCAGAACCAGAUCGCCUCCUUGACAUACGGUCUCCCGGAGACGCAAAGAACAGUACAGGACGUGCAGGAUGCAGCGGACGGACUUCACGUUGCGGUAGAAACGUUCGGUCGGAUUGCCCAAGCGAAGAACCCGCCUUACCCUGCUAGUGCCUUGGAGCAGCGUGCGAACAUGAGCCGCACAAUCAUUAAGCAGCUCGAGCGUGCCCUGCAGAGCCAGAAGGACUACGAGGAAAAGAACGCGGCUAAGCUCCAGCAGGCGCGUGAGGCGCGGGAAGCGGAGAUCCGGCGUCGAGAGGAGGAGGUGCGCAAGGCGCAGGAGGCCGAGCGGGAGCGUAAGCAGCGGAUUGCCGAGGAACGUCAGCGCAUGAUUGAAGAGGCACAGCGACUGGCAGAGCAGCGCGCGGAGGAGGAACGUGCUCGCGAAGAGGCGGAGCUGACCACCGAAUCUGAGACUGGGGCCAAGGUGAAGCGCAAGAAGCGCACAACCUCGAAGCGCAAGAAGAAGGGCACCGACGACUUCAUCAACGAUGGUGGGGACUCGCCCCGCCGAGCGAGGAGCAGUGAGCCUGAAAGCGAGGGCGAGACGGCGCCAAAGAAGCGUCGGCGCCUAGAGCGCCGGGCUGGCGGCAAGGUGCAGAGCAAAUACAAGAGCAGCGAAAUGGUAGUGGACUCGGAUGACGAGGACGACGAGGCGAUAGCUCCAGCGGACGAGGAUCAAGCAAUGCGUGACACCGGGGCGGACAAUGAAGAUAAGGAGGAAGACGUGGUGCAGCGCCGGCGGGCCAAGGCCACGAGGCGCGUAGCUGAUGACGAUGACGACGAGGAUGAGGACGAUGAUGCAGAGGUCGCCGCUUCCGUGGCUGAAACGGGCGCAGGAUCGGGGGCUGAGCCAGAGGAAGGCGCGAGCGCAAGGGGCGAGGAAGGAGAUGCUGCUGUUGGGGGCGAUAAUGAAGGCGAUGAUAACGAUGAUGACGGGCUCUUCAAUGACGAUGGGGAAGAAGAUACCGCGAUGCAGGACGAUGAGUGAGGUCUGUUAUCGC